GCCCUCCAUCCCAACUCAAGCCAGCGUCAAGCAAAAGCGAACAACAUCCUACCUACAAUCCGAUACAGAUUAAUUUCAACGCGAGCUACAAACCAAAGCAAGCAACACCGACAAUGUCGAUCGUGAGGAGGAGCAACGUGCUGGACCCCUUCGCCGACCUCUGGGCCGACCCCUUGGACACCUUCCGCUCCAUCUUCCCGGCGAUCUCAGGCGGGAACAGCGAGACAGCUGCGUUCGCGAACGCCCGGAUGGACUGGAAGGAGACGCCUGAGGCACAUGUCUUCAAGGCUGAUCUUCCUGGCGUGAAGAAAGAGGAGGUCAAGGUGGAGGUGGAGGACGGCAACGUGCUCAUCGUCAGCGGCGAGCGCACCAAAGAGAAGGAGGACAAGAACGACAAGUGGCAUCGGGUGGAGCGCAGCAGCGGGAAGUUCGUGCGGCGCUUCCGCCUGCCAGAGGACGCCAAGGUUGAUGAAGUGAAGGCCGGACUGGAGAACGGUGUGCUCACCGUCACCGUGCCCAAAGCCGAGGUCAAGAAGCCCGAGGUGAAGGCCAUCGAGAUCUCCGGCUGAGU